GGCUCCACCCACUGUCACACGUGUCUCCACAUCACUACAACUUUCAGGAGAGGGACAUUCCUGCUGCUCUUUUCUGCAGGAAAUCACAUGGAAGUGCCAUGAUCGCACUCACAUGACAUCUCAACUAUGGCAGCAGAUAUCAAUGAAGGAUCUGUCCCUUUGUACUAUCGUGAAGUACAUCAAGCCAUCUGCUCCAGAACUGAUGAACGAGUGCCUAUCAGUGUAUUCCAGAGAGUUCUCAGCAGAACAUCUCUCUCCAUCACCGUUCAAAACCAGAUAGCCGAACAUGUAAACAGUGGUGAUGGAUUCAUAAGUAAAGUCUCGCUGUAUAAAGGCUUGGCUCUAAUUGCUCUUGCUCAGCAAGGAAAACCACCUAGUCCCAAACUGCUGGAGAAUUUCAUACAAGAGUUGCCGAAGCCUCAGCUGGGAGAGCCGAAGGAGCUUCAGAGUCUGAAGAUGCAGACGGUUCAGGAGAGUCCUUUGAUCUUGUCUUUGACUCUGGGAGAGCUGUUGAAGAAGGACACCAUCAAAGUUCAGCUCAUUCCUGAGAAGAAGGGGCUAUUUCUUAAGCACGUGGAGUAUCAGGUCACCAGUGAGCGUUUUACAGUAUCCGUCUAUCGGAGAUACAGUGAUUUUGACCUCUUCCAUGAGCUCCUGCUUCAGAGAUAUGCUUACAGAGUCGUGCCGGAGCUUCCUCCCAAAAGGGCGUUGAAAGGAGUCCUGACCUCCAUGUCAGAGCGAGAGUUCAUUGAAGGGCGAAGACGAGCUCUGGACAGGUUUCUGAAUCUUGUGGCACGCCACCCUGUCUUUUCCGAGGAUGAGCUUGUGAAAACAUUCCUCACCUUCAGUGGCUCGGAUGUCCAAACUAAGCUUAGAGAUGCUUGCAAAAAAUUGGGUGAUGAGUUCAUGACAUGCAAAUAUGCAACACAGGCCAAGGAUUACCUCCCAGCAGAUAUCCAGAGUCAGUUUUCAUCCAGCAGAGAGCUCAUCAAAAAUAUCCAUAGCAGUCUUCAGAAGUUACGGGACCGGGCAGAGAGGAUGGCCGAGCGCUCAAAGGAGAACGCCACAGAUCUGCUGAUGUUUGGGAAGGAGCUCAGUUCUUUGGGGUCAGACGAUUCACCUGUGCCUAUCCUGGCAUCCUGCAAGAGUCCUUGGGCUACUCUCAGACGCUCAGUCAAAGGGCUUUCUGUGGAGUUCUCACUUCUGUCUGAGAAAGCUGCCCAACAGGGCAGAAGAGAGGAGGAUUAUGUGGUGGAAAAACUGAAUCUGUUCCUGGACUUGCUGCAGUCGUACAGGGACUUGUGUGAACGACAUGAGAAAGGGGUCUUGCACGAACACCACCGCGCUCUUCAAAAGUACGGUGUCAUGAAAAGACAAAUGCUGAGUGCCACGGUGCAGCCAAAAGAACAGGUUUCUGUCGAACAGCUGGAGUCCCGCAUCGUCCAGCAAGAAAACGCCAUCCAGGCCAUGGAGCUGCGCAACUACUUCUCCCUGUUCUGCCUGCACCAGGAGAGCCAGCUCAUAUUCACAUACCUGCCCAUCACGUCUCACAUCCUGGGGGCAUUUGUGAACUCACAGGUGCUGGGACAUAAAGAGAUGGGUGAGGUGUGGCAGGAUCUUCAUUCCAAGCUUAAAAGUCUUUUUGGGGACGGGAACGGACAGUCUCCACCUCUCAGCCCAAAAUAGCCUGCUCCCCUCUGUGCUCUCAGAAUCGAAUGAACCCUGGCCUGUUUUGAAUAGCAGGAUCUAUUCAGGAACUACUAUUCAGGAGUUAUGGGGAACUUCUUGUGUGUGAAUGUGUUAUGUGGCAGUUCCUAAAAUCUGUCUGGUGAAAAGGGCCCUUAACUUCCUACAGUUUGAACAAACUGACGCCUAAAAUAAACACCUAAUGAUGUAUAGAAUAAGUUUAGGAAAUGCAGCAAGAUGCUACAACACUGUAUUAAUGUUUAAUCUACACGUGUGCCAAGCUGAUGUUGUUGUUUUAAAAUUUUGCAUUGUACAAAACCGUGUAACUCAUGAAAGAUAACCUUUCUACUGUUUUAGUAUAAUAUAGAGAACUGAACUGAGAAGCUAAUAGCCAGCAGCAAGCCAGAGCUGUGGUCAGUUGAAUAUUCUUAGCAAACACAGGAAAUGUGCAGAAAUUAUGUUAUAGUUGCGGAGGCAUCAUAUUCUUCCUUGUUUGAGGUUUCAACUGACAGAUUUUUCUGUCCGAUUGUCUAUUUCUGAUUCUUUAGAUUUGUACUUCUUGUGCUUGCAGCUUUUUCACAUUUGAUCUUUAUUUGUAGGAACCAUUCAAAAGUGUGGAGUUAGAAACAAUUAAUAAUUUUAUUCAGCCAAAGCACAAUGAAUUCAGCUGAAGUAACAUUUAAAAUGUUACAAAAGAAUACUAUUUCAAAUGAACACUGUUCUUUUGGUACUCACUGUUCAUCAAAAUAUCCUG